AGACGCAAAGGGGCCGAAACCGGGCACCCCGGUUUCCAGAAACCGGCUGGUUUUCGGCCCAGUCAGGUGUCUCAAAAGUAGCAGGUAGCGAAAACCGGGGCCACAGGUUUCUCCAAACCUGUCGGUUUCGCACUUAAGAUAGAUUUCCUUCAAUUCUCAAAACCUACCGGUUUCCGAAAACCGGGGCCACAGGUUUCGAGCUCAGUUUGACGCAAUUGCCUUGAGUUUGAACUUGAGGCCUAGGCCCAACUCCUUUGGGCCAAGUUUGACGCUCGUGGCCCCUUUGAAGCUAGCUAGAUCAUCCCGCAAUGCUCCGGGAUCCGUGUAGUCAUCCAAGAGUGAUAAGAAACAGGCCUCCAAAGAUCAAUUAUCAUCAAAAACAGCACUGCAACUAACAGACACUACACCACACACAUUAGCACUAAAAUAGGCUCCGAAGAGCUCAAAUGAGAUGAAAAGUGCAUACGGGACGGGGGUAAAAACUAUAUAAAAUAUGAGUGUAUCAUGUUGCUAGAGUAACUUAAUAUGUUUGUCUCAUAAAUAUAUUACUUUCAAUUGUUAAUGUUUAACGGUUUGUCUCAUCUAUUAGGUAUCGUAUGCCUUUUGCACCUUUUGUUGGUGUCAACAACCAUGGCAAGUCAGUUGUGUUUGCAUCAGCGCUAAUUUCUCAUGAAGAACACAAGACGUUUGUUUGGGUUUUUGAGGAAUGGUUAAAGUGCAUGGGCAAGCCUCCCUCCGGCAUUCUAACAGAUCAAGAUAAGGCAAUAUGUAAAGCAAUCUCCAUAGUUUUUCCUGGUGUCCCCCAUAGGCUGUGUCUGGGGCACAUGCUUCAAAAUGCAUCUCAGAAUCUUGGCAAACGUGGUGAUUGGAAGGCCAUUGAUGUACUUAUAAGAAUAUUUGUUCAUGAUAUGCUUGACCCUGAUGAGUUCGAUGAAGCUUGGUGUCUUAUUAUGGACAAACACAGUCUUAGGGAAACUGGUUGGAUGAAGGAAGAAUUUGAUAACCGACGGCAAUGGGCUCCUGCGUAUAAUAGAGGCACUUUUUGGGCUUGGAAUGUCAUUUACACAAAGAAGUGAAGGUAUGAAUAGAUAUUUCAAACUUCACGUAGACUUAGAAUGUGGUUUACUUAUGUUUAUUAAAAAUUAUGAGUUCUGCAUGAAAAUUAAGGUUGAGGAAGAAAAGGAAGAUAACUUUGAUACCAAAGACAAGCCUCCUCAGCUUGAUGUUGACAAGAGUGUCUUAGCUGAAUAUGUUUUCCAUAAGGUGUACACCAAUGAGAUGUUUGAGGAGGUUGUUUUUUAGCGUAAAGGUUUAACCCACACCAAUGUGUCAAAAACGUCUUCACUUGGGUCAGUUGUGUUCUAUAGGGCACAUGAGAAACUAACUUCCCCACAUUGGAGGAGAAGGUACAAAAGCUACAACGUUAAAGUAGAUAAGGUGAAGGGUGAAUUAAGUUGUUCUUGUCAGAUGUUUGAGUUUAGAGGCAUAUUGUGUAGACACAUAAUGAAGGCCAUGGAUGUUGAGGAUUUUCAAUUCAUACCUGAAAAAUAUAUUCUCAAUAAUUGGAAGAAGGAAGUUAGGGCAUAUGAAAACAUUAGAGUUUCAUACUAUGAUCCCGAAGAAUCUACACGUCUUGCAAAGGCUAAAGAACUUUCACAAAGACAUAAUUACCUAAAAUCAUUAGCUAUGAAUAAUGAGGUUGCAUACAAUCUUUACACGGAAGCAACUAACACCGUUAGACUUAAAAUGGAGGAUGCGGUCAAUAUACGAAAAACGGGUGACCAAGGUGAUACAUCUAUUAAUUGGUGGGAUCCCGAUGCGCGCAAUGUUUUUGGCCGUCGUAGGCUACGACCAAGAGAAUACAAUGAACGUGCUCUUACGAGGGAUGUUGAACCCGUUGGAGAUGAUGUGAUAAAAACCCUUAUCGAUAAGCGUUAUGCGGGUAGGGCAAAGACGUCACGAGUAUCAAUUUAUGAUAAAGGUGGUUCUUCGAAGAAUAAGAAAUCCUUAACACUAGCGGAAAUUGCAUCCAAUGAGGAACUCGUUAGGUCAACGUUUGGUCACAUUCCGACUUAUCGUUUUAGACAAGAGAACGCAAAUAAUGUGAACGACCCACACUUGGAUUUGUCAUACAAUGGUACGAUAUUGGAAGACAUUCCGGAAAGUUCUCACGUUAAUUUGUCUGAAGAUAUAUCUCAAGCAUUUGAUUAUGAAACGUUUGAGUGGCGUACAAGACAGGGUGGGAUGAUUUGAUGUACCUGAAUUUUUUUAGAAUUUUUAUGGAUUGUAUUAUGUGUAAUAUUAGUAACAAAUUAUUAAUUUUGUGA